UCUUCUGGACUCCACUGCAGCCAGAGAUGAGCCUGGAGAAAGCAGAGGAGACAAGAGCUUGAGGUUCACUUGGUGAAAAAGGACAACCUGAGACACCGUGCCAGAUACGCCCAUUUGAUCUCGAGAUGGCUGAGGAGGAUCUCCGGGGUUCGAGCACCCCUUUCUCACUCUCCUUUUCGGGCAGUGGCUUUCUCGCCCUGUACCAGGUUGGGGUAGUGCAGUCCCUCCUGGAGCUGGCUCCUGAACUCCUCAAGUCUGCAUGUAAGGUCUACGGGUCAUCUGCUGGUUCGAUCAUCGCCGCUGCCGUGGUGUGUGGCAUCAGCCUUGAUGACCUAAAGGAAUUUUUCUUUGCCAUGGCAAAAGAAGUCAGGAAAACCAUCCUGGGCCCUCUCUCUCCCAAGUGCAGCUUGCUGGCCAAUAUCAAGACUGUUUUGCAGCGGAUGCUACCAGAGGACUCCUACCAGCUGGCUUCAGGGCGGCUGCACAUCUCGCUGACACGGGUGAUGGAUGGCCAGAACGUCAUGGCCUCUGAGUUCAACUCAAAGGAGGAGCUCAUCCAGGCUCUGCUCUGCAGCUGCUUUCUUCCUAUCUACUGUGGAUUCAUCCCUCCAUCCUACCGAGGUGUGAUCUUCAAUGGCAGCAUCCAGAUCUCAAUAGAAAACCUCUGCAGGAUUAGUUAUGCUCUCUUUCCACCUAGCACCUUGGUCUUGAAUGACAUUUUCUCCCAAGGGUACCAGGACACUGCCCUUUUCUUGUACAGGAACAAUGCUUUUGGCUUUAACUACUUCGACGGCAAUUUCCGCUUCGCCAGCAUGUGCGGGAAGAACGACUUUGCACAACCCAAGAGGACAUUCACCGGCCUAUUCAAAAGAGCUGAAGAAGCUGUGGGGGCUGCUGGAAGGUAUGAGCACCGUGACAAAAUGGUUCCAGAAGCUCCUCCAAACCAUGGUGCCUGGUUUGCCUAA